UUCAUGAUUGGCGGCAGUCGGCACUAGCCAGUGGACGCGAACGGUGGUUUGAUUGUAAUGUAGUUAAAUCAAAUACUGCACAUGAAAAUGGCGUAGUAAGGUGGUAUAACGCCGUAAUUAUCAUCGCAUAGAUGUGUCGUGAAAAGUUUCGAACAGUGAACAAGCGUCUAUCAAUUGACUUUUUAAGCAUUUAUAACGAUACCGUCCAAUUAAAAGCAUUGUGAUUAAUUCGAUGGAUCACUUAUCCUAAUAACAGCGUGAAAAGUGUGUUGUGUGUUGGUGACUCGUACUGUGAUUUGACAACGGAUGUGUUCGAAUUCCUGUUAAUGUUUUAGAGGUCGAACGAGAUGUACAAGCGUAAUUAAACUAACGUAAUUCAAUUUUCAUGAAGAAUAUCCAACGAUGGCACUCAUACUUGGGAGAAAUCAAGAAUUUUUCCUCGUGACAGCUUGACGACCUCGACUCCAGACGAGUUCAAGAUGGCGCCACCGGCAUUUUGACACUUGCCCAAGAUUCGUCAGCUGGAUUUUACAACCGCUCCGAGUUUCGAUUAUGAGCAGAGAAUUUUACGUUCCUUGUACACCCUACACUUAUCAGGUAAAACACGUUUCGUCACGUGAAUGUUACGAUCCUUCAUAUUUGCAUGUAUUCGUGAGUACAAAAAUGUGGCAGCGGCGGAGGGUCGACGGAGGGCAUCGUCGGGAGCGUGAGCGGGAGCGGGAGCGGUGGUAACAGCAGCAGCGGCGGCGGUGGCAUGGAUUGCAUGCCCCUGCGUCCGGGCCCGUUUCACUACUUGAUAAGCGAGCAGGCGAAAUCGUUGCUCGCCCUGCAGGAGUUGCAGAAUGAGGUCGGCGCCCUUCUCGAGUUUCGGGACCUCGUCAUCGAGACGUUCCCGAAUCUCCGCCACAAGAUGGCCGCCACGGCGUCCGCGGGGGCGUCCGUGAUGACGUCGUCCUCGUGCGCCCAAAACUCGCACAUCCCUCUGCCGCUCUCGAGCCCUUCCUCGAGGAGGAUCAACGAAUGGGAGCCGGGCAAGGUGAGGAGGCGAGUCCCCCGCGAGGCGAGCGGCGGCGAGUCGUCCUCGUUGCCGAGGAGUCGGAGCAACUCGCACAGCGGCGGAACGAAGAACAAUUGCAGCGCCACGGUCCAGGAUUCCGGGUUCAGCACCGAGACGUCCUCCAAAGACAGCGCCUCGACCGCGAUAGCGCCCCGACCGAACAGUCCCAGGCCCGCUAUUCUGGACGAGGCCGAGGACGAGCUGUGGAACCUGUUGGACGUGAUCCAUCGUAAAGGGAUCAGGCUGAGGGAGGAGGUGGAGUGUUUGCAGGGCCGGCUGGAGAGCGUGGCGUCCGAGGACCUCGGCUCGACCGACAUCCUCGACGCGGUGAGGAAGGUCGCGUGCCUGGAGGAGGGCGGGAAGGGGGCGGGCGUGGGGUCGAGCGAGCAGGGCGGCGAACAGGACAACGGGGACGGCAAGGAGUCUCAGGUGAUAGCUCUGAGGAGGGAGAAGGAGGAGUUGUUGGACAAGGUGGCGGAGCUGGAGGCCGAAACGAUAUCGAGCCGUGCCAGGGCGCAAGAGUUGCAAUCGGAGUUGGCCGCGUUGUCCGCGUUGAAGACGGGCCUCGAGGAUCGGUUGAGGGCCGGACUGGGCGAGACUUCCCCGGACAUACGCGUGCCCGGUGCCCAGAGGUUGCAACCCAUAACACCCGCCCUGCCCACCCUCGUCUCCACGCCGAAGAAGAGCAAUAACGUAAGCAAUAUCAAGAGCAAGUCGUCGGCGUUCGCGCCCGUCGCCACGUCCACGACGAAGGCUCACAAGAACCGUUUCCGGACGAGGACCAUCGAGAAGAACGUGUUGCUGGACGUUACGGCUCGGAACAACGACGAGCUCCGCGACAUCGACGUCGAGGCGAGCGUGAACGAGAGGAGGGCGCGACUCGGUGCGUUGGAUUCCGUCCUUGUGUCCCCUACCAGAGUUGCCCACGUGAAGGACGUCGAUUCGAAGAAGAUCGCUGCCAUCCUAAGGGAGAACUCCCCCCUCGAGUUGCAGCGGCAUUUGAUCACCACUACCGUCCAUAAUCAGGUCCUACAAAAGAGAUUAGACGAGGUGGAGAAAAGUACGGAAACUCUGUCGGAACGUUUGGACAAGGCACGAGAAGAGAACGACGAUCUACGUUUCCAGUUGGAAGAGAGGAACAUCGAGUUGGAGGGCACGCGGGCGCGCGUGCGCGUGUUGGAGAGACUGCAGCAAAGGCCGCCGACGGAGGCCGAGCCGACGGAUGCGGACGGGGAUCAGCCGAGAUGCGAGCAGAACGGUUUGGAGCCGGGGAGCAGCACGGAGUCGGCCCGCGACCAUCACCAAGCCGUCGAGGUGAAACCCUCGCCUCGGCGUCGUCCUAGUCGUAUACCUUUACCCGGCGCCACCGCGAAGGCGGCUGCGCCCAGGCCGCCCAGCCACGGAAGGAACGAUAGCAAGGAGUCGUUGAAGUCGUUGACGAGGCCUCCCCGUGAUUCCAGUCGCGACAGCCACUGCGGCAAGUCGUUGUCCAAGGCUCGCGACUCGAAUCGCGAUUCCCUGGGGAGCAAAAGCCUGACCAAGAGCGGCGGCAACGGAGGUGGAAGCAAUAACGGGAACGGAAACAGCAAGGAGACGAACAGGGAGUCCCUGAACAGGUCCCUGCCGCGUAACAAUUCCAGCCGAGACUCCUUAAACAAAUCCUCCUCGCUGUCCCGCGCCCGAGACUCGCUGGAGUCUAACAACCUCGGCGCGUCCUCAUCCCCGGGGACGACUCCUCCUCGACGACCGCCCGCUCCUGCACGCCGUUCCUACAGCCUGGCCCGCGCCUCGUCAUCCGUUGAUACCGAGAACGGCAAGAGACUCUCGACCGACACUUGUCUUAAAAACGACGAAUCGCCCGACGAUCCACUACCGAAAUGUCUGAUCUGGAGCGCAGGCGAGCGUGCGUUCGAGCCCGUCCCCGGCGGUCCAAUAAAGAAAAUGGCCCCUUCUCGCGUGCCGCCGGUUUUUCUCAGUUGCACCGAACCACCGAGUUCAUGGUGCUCGACCAACGGCAGCUUCCGGCACAGCGACUCCUCCUUGUAUCCGGACUCCUUGAACCAAGAGACCUCGUCGGUCACUGGCACUACAAGAGUGGAAUUCAUCAUCGGUUCGCCGACCAGACGCUUCCGUCAGAGCUCUGUCUGGCCGCACCGCUAUUUCGAUAGCAUAGACUCGGCGGCCAUCCCGGAGAGUCUGUUAACCGACGAAUUUUCGCUUCGACGUGGCGAGGCAUUGGCCGAGUGCGAUUCACUCGAGUGCCAUCCGAUCUCGAACGAGAGUUGAAUCGCGGAGAUGUCGUUUGUCGUUUGGCCAAAAUAAUACCUGAGGAAUUUUGAUGGAUUCACUCACGUUGAAAGCAUUUAGAACGAUAUUUAGGAUGAAAGUGCGAUCCAUCUUUCGUUGCGAUCCGAUUUUAAUUUUAAUCUUCGAAUAGUCUUCCUAAUAAUAUUGUAUAUUGUAUUGUAAAGAAGAAGUAUGCAUGCUUCUUUUUUUCAUGCUAUUCAUAUUUGUAUAAACUGUUAGGAGAAUUUAAUAAGUUUUCUUCUCGUCGAUUGUUGCUUUUAUUUUCUAAAGCGUAAGGAAAUUUUUUAAAGCGUAAUGAAAAAAUGUUAAAAUAUUUACACGAAUGAAACUGGACUUUUCUGCUUUGAGAUAUUAUCGAACUAACCAAUAGAAGGUUAAUAUUUUUUUUAGUUUUAUGAUCAGUUAUAUGAUCAAUUUCUUUUUAGAGAAAAUUUAAAAGGUACUACUACAUUCAGUAUUAUAUACGAUCCAACGAUGAAGAAGUAACUUUAAACUUUUUAAAAUUAUCAUCUUUGACUCUUUGAGUGAAUUUGAUAUCGAUUUUAUUAUAAAUAUUUGUUUUUAUUUUAUGUCGAUUUUUUAAUAUUAAAUUUUUAUGACCAAUAAUAUUUUCAACAAUUGACUUAAUUUGUACAUAGAAAAUCGUACGUGUAAAUUUUUUUAAAAGUUUUAUCUUAAAUAAUAUUAGGAAUUGUGCGAGUUUGAAACAUCAAGAUUCUUCAGUAUACAGCAAUUAAUGAUCAUAGGAACAAAAUAUUUUUGUAAUAGCUGAUUGCGCCAAUUUAUCAUUUCACGUUAAUCAUUUUUCACGUUUUGCAUUUUAGAUGCAUUUUAUCAUGUGAAUUUUUCUUAGAGUUUACAAUUCAAGCAUUUCAAGCAUUAUGGAAUUAUAUUCUAACAAGUAUUUUCUAACAAGUGACAGAAAAUGAAUCAAUUUUUUUAAUUUCCAAUAGUAAAAUUGUAUAUUGUUUAGACGCAGAGAUUGAUAAUCAUGUAUGAUACACCGACGUGUGUUCAUUUGCAGUGUCGAAUGAAAGAUAUAUUGAUGUAUAUAAUUUUCGAGCUAAAAUUUUUAUUUAUUGAAAAUACUUUUUAACUACGUGACAAAUAUAUCUACCCUUUAUCGUUCUAUAAAAAGAAUUAUUGUAAUAAUUCUUUAAGGGAACAAUAAUGACUAUCAACAUUAUUGUCGAUCUAAUUUUUUUGUUCUAUAAAUCUUCAAUAAAUAAUAUCGUUGAAAAAAUGUAAGAUAAAAUAAUUUUAAAAAGUACAAGCAUUUUCUUAUGAACUUUGGUAAAAACGAAACCAAAGUUAGGAAUACUUUUUCGUCCCCGAAAAAUGAAUAGGUCAAUAGAUACAUAUUCACAUUUCAUUGUUUAUCGACAUUGAAUUAUGUAUAUAAUAUUUUAUAAAAAAUUGUUAUGAAUAUCCAUAAAUUAACGUAAAACUUACAUUUUCAAUAGAGUAUACAAUUGUUCUUGAAAAGCAAAUAUUACAAAUGAAUGGAUUUUCACUGUAUAUAAUUUUAACAUCAUUUGUUAGUACAUUUUCAAAACGUUAAAUAUUUUCAUGAAAAUAAAUUUGGAUUUUUAUUGCU